AUGGCCACGGCUUUCUCUGCAGCCAAAAGGCAGCUACCCAUGGCAAAAGGCCGUCUGACCCGUUGUAACAAUGCCAUUGGCAGCUGCCGUAAGCGCGAUGAUCUACAAGUACUGGUGCGUAAGACGAUCAGGAUUGCCCCGGACGGGAGGGGCGGUAAGACGGUCACGGUGAAUAAGCACCGGGAUGAAGCAUGCCACGGAUCUGCCCUUGUGGCCGACCGAUUCGACCGAGAUUUUGGCUCCAAGCUAAAGCAUGUUGACCUGACUCUGGAUGAGGGCAACGGACGAUGA